AUGAGGAGUCCACCUCAAGUUUCUUCAAACCAAGAAUUCUGGCAUUGGAGCUCUCCUCUGCCUUAUCUCUUUGUGGGAUUAGGCCUCAUGAUUUUACUCAUCACCGUCGCCCUAAUCAUCCUCGCCUGCUCAUUCCGCAAGCGCUCUACCUCUGACGAAAAGGCGCCGCCUCCCCCCGCCGCCCCCGCCGUCGUCGACAACACCCCCAAAAUCGUUGUCAUCAUGGCCGGAGACGACAACCCCACCCACCUCGCUAUUCCCAUGCCACCUGCAGCUUCAUUCCCAAUCGCUCAAACCUGCGUUUGCAAUGUCUGA